ACACGCGCGCGCGCUCUGUCUCUCCUGAGCGCGCGGCUCUUCUUCUUAUUAGCGCUUCAUCUGCGCUUCUCCUCCAUCAUCAGCCUGCAGGAAUCAGAGAGAGAGAGAGAGAGAGAGAGAGAGAGAGAGAGAGAGAGAGAGAGAGAGAGAGAGAGAGAGAGAGGAGGAAGAAGAGGAGAGGAAAGGGGGAGAGGAUUCUUUCCUGGGUUUUUGGAGGGAAAAAAUACUGGGAAGGUGAAUACGGCGCGCGCUACAACACACGGAAUGAUGGAAUAAAACGUCCGCGUGCACACCGAACACCGGGAGGAAGCUGACGGAGCUCAGUGAGGACGAUGUGGAUGGUGCAGUAACGUCAGCAUGAAGCUCUUCAGUGUUCUGCGUCAGGCAUCUCUCGUGCACCGCUAGGCCCCUCCACAUACGCACACACACACACACACACACCGCACACACACCGCACACACACACACACCGCACACAUCUCACACACACACACACACACACACACACACACACACACACACACACACACACACACACACUGUAUAUCCAGCCCCUCCCCUUUUCCCACAGUCACCCUUUACAUUUUUGAUCCCCUUGAGACAGUAGGUACCUUCUUCCUUCCCCUCGUCACCCUCGGCCAUGUCUCUACCCUGUGACGGUGGACGCCGGCGUCCAUUUUCCCGUCCACAUUAUAAAUGGGACACGUGCUUGGUAUGGUUGUUAGGACUGGCGCUGCGGUUGGCGCUCUCUUCAUGCCAGCGCUCGGAAUACAGCGCCUCCAAACACCCCAUCAUUUCCACCAGUUAUGGGAAGAUCCGUGGCAUCCGGAAGGAGCUGAACAACGAGAUCCUGGGCCCCGUGGAACAGUUUCUCGGCGUCCCGUACGCCACUCCACCCAUCGGAGACCGCCGCUUCCAGCCCCCUGAAGCACCUGGAGCUUGGCACGAUAUACGGAACGCCACACGGUUCCCACCGGCGUGUCCACAGAACGUCCACGGGGCGCUGCCUGAAAUCAUGAUGCCUGUGUGGUUCACAGAGAACCUGGAUGCUGCCGCUGCGUACCUGCAGGAUCAGAGUGAGGACUGUCUCUACCUCAACAUCUACGUCCCUACUGAGGACGGUCCGCUCACUAAAAAACCUGACGAGUCGGCGACGAACAGGCCGAGGGACGAAGACAUUAGAGAUCGGCGGAAGAAGCCGGUCAUGUUGUUCAUACACGGAGGUUCGUAUAUGGAGGGAGCAGGAAGCAUGUUCGAUGCAAGUGUCCUCGCCGCCUACGGCAACGUCAUCGUCGUGACCAUGAACUACAGACUCGGGGUUCUGGGUUUCCUGAGCACUGGCGAUCAGGCGGCUAAAGGAAACUACGGCCUGCUGGAUCAAAUCCAGGCUCUGCGCUGGCUCAAUGAAAACAUCAACCAUUUUGGAGGCGAUCACGAAAGGAUCACCAUCUUCGGCUCGGGCGCCGGAGCAUCCUGUGUCAACCUGCUCAUCUUGUCCCAUCACUCUGAAGGUCUGUUCCAAAGAGCUAUAGCCCAGAGCGGCUCUGCCAUCUCCAGCUGGUCCGUGAACUACCGCCCGCUCAUGUACACCAAGAUCCUGGCCAAGAAGGUGGGCUGCAGCUCCGGGGACACGGCCAACAUGGUCAGCUGUCUGAGGAGGAAGAGCUUCCGAGAGCUGGUGGAUCAGGACAUUCAGCCUGCACGCUAUCACAUCGCCUUUGGGCCCGUGGUAGACGGCGACGUGGUUCCUGAUGACCCCGAGAUCCUCAUGCAGCAGGGAGAGUUCCUGAACUAUGACAUUUUGUUGGGGGUGAAUCAAGGAGAAGGGCUGAAGUUUGUGGAUGAUAGCGAAGGAGAGGACGGAAUUUCAGCUGCCACAUUUGACUACACCAUAUCCAACUUUGUAGACAACCUGUACGGUUACCCAAGCGAUAUCCUUCGCGAGACAAUAAAGUUCAUGUACACUGACUGGGCCGAUCGCGAUAACGGAGACAUGAGGAGGAAGACGUUGCUUGCGCUCUUCACAGAUCACCAGUGGGUGGCACCAGCAGUGGCCACAGCCAAGCUGCAUGCUGAGUUCCAGUCUCCAGUUUACUUCUACACUUUCCACCAUCACUGCCAGAUGGAGGGCAGACCGGAGUGGGCCGAUGCCGCACAUGGAGAUGAGAUUCCCUAUGUCUUCGGAGUUCCCAUGGUGGGCGCCACAGACCUCUUUCCCUGCAACUUCUCCAAAAAUGACGUGAUGCUUAGCGCCGUCGUCAUGACCUACUGGACCAAUUUUGCUAAAACUGGUGACCCAAACAUCCCAGUUCCCCAGGAUACCAAGUUUAUACACACAAAGCCAAACCGCUUCGAAGAGGUCGUGUGGACUAAAUUCAGCUCUAAGGACAAGCAGUACCUUCACAUUGGCCUGAAGCCACGUGUAAGAGACAACUACCGUGCCAACAAGGUGGCCUUCUGGCUUGAGCUGGUGCCACAUUUGCACACGCUACAUGAGGAGAUGAUCGGCUCUUCUGGUGCAACCCGUUUACCACCAUCUGGCGACAUCCCCCACAGACCCGGACGGAAAAAUCCAGUGCUGAAUCCGAAUCAUCCUGGUACACGCCAACCCUCGGUUUCCUCCACGUACCCACCGGAUACAGAUAUAGAACCGGAAGGUUCGGAGCGCCCGCGCCUGUCUCCAUUCCCAGAGGUAGCACGCGACUACUCAACAGAGCUGAGUGUAACAGUAGCAGUGGGUGCAUCUCUGCUGUUCCUGAACGUCCUGGCGUUUGCGGCACUCUACUACAAACGUGACAAACGGCACGAAAUGAUGCUGCUGCAACAGAGACGACGCCAUCGGCGUCUCUCGCCCCAGCGUGGCACUGCUGGGGCCCCGAUUCCGGCGACAGCCAUCGCUGUGGGCAACGACUUGGAAGAGGAGCUCAUGUCAUUAAGGAUGAAGCAGCAGAGGGCUGAGUUGGACCUGGAGCCUCUUCGAUGCCCGCCGGAUUACACGCUGGCACUAAGGAGGGCACCCGAUGAUGUGCCACUCAUGAUGCCCAGCACCAUUAGUGCCAUGCACGCCUUCAAUACAUACCCCCCUGCUCCUGGCCACACCCCAAAUCCAGGCCCUGCCCCUGGGUCCAGCUCUAGCUCUGUGCAUACCAACAAUGCUUUGCCCCAUCAGCACUCAACCACUCGUGUAUAGUACAUACCUCGCCAAGCUUUUAACACACCUAAGGACUAGCUGCACCAGGAACGGUGCUCUGCAGAGGUAAUACGUUUUGUCCAGUUUGGGAACGUAAAAGGUCCAGUCCUGGAGUUCUUUAGUCCGGCACAGUUUGGUGAUAUUCACAUUCAAAGGUAAAUCAAACCAUACUGGACUCCAGAACUUCAGGAGGAGAACUGGGAAACUGUAGCCUAGUGGUAGAAAGUCACAGUUACUGGACAUAGGUCCUUCUCAGAGAUCUUGACCAGUCCAGUUGCUUUGACUUCCUCCUGCUAGACGAUUUAACGACUCGGAGGACAGAAAACCUUUAUAGUCAUCUACAACACAUUCUCUUAUCUCUUUGAACUGCUGCAGUCUUCGUUUUCUCUCUUUACGCAAAGGAACAGAGGAGGAGCCACUCAGCUGGCCAUCUUGCCCUCAACCUCCUAUCUACAAUCUCCUGCUUUGUGUUAUUUUUACCCACGCUUUGUUGCCGUGUUGCGUUUUUCUCUCCAUUCCCUUUUUUUUUUUUUGGUCACGUCCUUCACCUGAUGCAGAACUCUGCUUUUUGAACGAAACACUUUUAUAAAUGGAGAGAACCUCUAUGUGAUAUGAACUAUCACGAACGUUGUGUAGACAUGAAUGAGAAAAAGAAAAAGAUUUGAAUAUUUAGUUUUUACCAGCAUUUCUGUGCCAAGUACUGUGAUAUCCAUCUGAUCAGACUCUGAGUCCUGAGGACAGACUUGGAUCCGGAGCGCAUCUGAGGACCGCAUUCGUGGAAUUUAGAAGUCACUGAAAAAGUGCCAAAAUCUUGUUUGCUUUUAUUUUCUUCUUCUCUCUCUCUCUCUCUCUCUCUCUCUCUCUCUCUCUCUCUCUCUCUCUCUCUCUCUCUCUCUCUCUCUUUUGCUUUUGCACUGUUGCCGGUCUGGGACGAGAUUUGAUCCUAUAAGCAGAAUAUCUAUAUUAAAGUCUAAAUAUAGAAUUAUGAAAAUUUAUAUCUUGUUUGCUCUCGGGGAAAAUUUGCAUGAUUUAUUUUUAAAGAAAACAGACACGCGCACGAGAUUCCUCUUGUUUUAUUAUCAGCAUCCUAUUCUUUCAUGCUCUGUCUCUCUCUGUCUCUCUUUUUUUAUGUGUCCGCUAUAUCGUGCACAUCGUUCGGAGAUUCUUUUCCUUCUCUUGAGACUUAUCGGAAGCAUAUCAGGAAAAUGGGAACCGAUUACCAUCAUAAUGAGAAAAAAGGAUGUAUAGAUCCCUUUUAGUUCACUUAUCAAAAGCUGGAAAUCUCGGGACCGCUGAGCAUCAAGGAAGGACUUAUCGACGCUCCAGCAUCCCUCCAUCUCUCUCUCUCUCUCUCUCUCUCUCUCUUUCUCUCUCUCUCUCUCUGCCUUUGUUUAUACUGUAUAUUCCACUACAUUUACAUUGAACUGGCACAAUAAGGAAUGAGAUCCCGUUCUUUCUCUUUUUCUCUCACGUCCAGUGUUUCCUCUCAUUCCUGUUUUCCCUUCGAUUUCUCACUCGUGUGCAGUCAGGGUGCUAAAGAGACCGCACGUAAAGACGAGGAAUCCAUCGACAAGGAUGUGGACGGAGGACAGAACAAACUAUGAAGGACUAAAACAACAAUCAUGAAGGUGUGUCCUCGUUUCUGCGCUCGUCUCAUCGUCAUCUUUCUGUUCGCGUCUCGUUUCCGGAAAACACUCAGCGGAUGGAUGGAUGGAUGGAUGGAUGGAUGGAUGGAUGAAUAUAAAAAUCUUGAGGGAAACAAACAAAAAAACAAACAAAAAACAAACAAAACCUACAAACUGUACAUUUUUUGAAGUUGUACUAGAUGACGCGGUCUUUGUAAAUAUUCUGUUACGUUGUUUGGUUUUACAGGUGAGCGGCCGAGCGGCUCUCGUGAGAACAGGUGCAAGUUGAGUUUCUUAUUUUUCCUUGAUUUACGGACCGUUUUUUCUUUCUUUCUGUCUUUCUUUCUUCAGCACGUAACGUGAACAUGCUUGUCCUGAGCCUCGGAGUUAGAACUCAAUGACACGACACUCAACACUUUAUCGUGAACGCUUUAAUGCAUCAUCAGUACUCAGUACAUUAGUGUACAGGAGGAGGAGUUGGAGCUAGAAGCCUGAAAAGCACAGAUGACUUCUAAACGUCGUGGUGUAGGGUCACGUGACCUCCGCAAUGUCGUUACACAGGGUCACGUGACCUCCACAAUGUCGUUACACAGGGUCACGUGACCUCCGCAAUGUCGUUACACAGGGUCACGUGACCUCCGCAAAAUAAUUACACAGGGUCACAUGAUCUCUGCAAUGUCGUUACACAGGGUCACGUGACCUCCGCAAUGUCGUUACACAGGGUCACGUGACCUCCGCAAUGUCAUUACACAGGGUCACGUGACCUCCGCAAUGUCGUUACACAGGGUCACGUGACCUCCGCAAUGUCGUUACACAGGGUCACGUGACCUCCGCAAAGUCGUUACACAGGGUCACGUGACCUCCGCAAUGUCGUUACACAGGGUCACGUGACCUCCGCAAUGUCGUUACACAGGGUCACGUGACCUCUGCAAAAUCGUUACACAGGGUCACAUAACCUCUGCAAAGUCGUUACACAGGGUCACAUGACCACCGCAAAGUCAUUACACAGGGUCACAUGACCACCGCAAAGUCGUUACACAGGGUCACAUGACCUCCGCAGCACGUAAUUCUCUUCACCUCCAAAAAAAAAAAAACAGACGAAUGUCAUAACGUUACAUCACUGUCUCCUCUUAAGUCUUUUAUUUCUUCCUUUCUUUCUCUUCUUUCAUCACUUCUCUCCAGAACAACACAUUAAAACAUUUUUUUCAAAAUAGAACUUUUAUCUUUCUUACUAUCUUCUCCACCUUUGUUAUGUGUGUGUGCGCGCGUAUGUGUGUGUGUGGGUGUGUGUGUAUGGGUGUGUGUGUAUCUGUGUGCGCGUGUGUGUGUUGAUCAAUGUAACCCGACCGUGUGAUGAUUUAUUUUAAACUCUAAAGAGCGGUGAAGUCGCUGCGUCUCGUCUCGAACCUUGAAGGUAAUGAUGAUAUUUUGAAGCGUUCACGUUUAAUCUCUUGUAUUUAAAACCGAAUUGCGAUUCUUGAUCAUCGUCCGUUUGCUUUGAUCUCAUGACACUGUGGCCGUGUGGUCGUGACUCGAACCCGUUACGGUUUAAGUUAAAGGAGACCCGAAGCCUCUCUCUGCCUGUUAGAUUUCAGAAAUAGAGAAUUUAAACUGUCCAUAUUUUUGUACAGAGGGACUGAGAGGCAGCGGACAGACUCGUAAAGCACACUGUCACCAGGUCUCACGGUGAUCCUCUGGUCUGCCGUGUGUGUAUGUGUGUGUGUGUGUGUGUGUGUGUGUGUGUGUGUGUGAUGGGGGAGGGGGGGUGAUGGGGUAGAGAUAUAUUACAGAUAUUUACUAAGUGCACCUGCUCUAAUAUUAACGCUGGGUUGCCAAAUAUACACCUGCACCUGUUGCUUUUCAUUUUGUUCAGUCGCAGCGACUCGGGAUGAGAGUAACGUGUUUGGGAGAUAAACGGAGUUCCUAUUUCUAUUUCAUAUAAAGGCUAUUACACACUGUAUGUUGUGUAUAUGAACUGGAGAACAUUAAAAAGACGUUAUA